AUGUUGUCGGUGUCUCAUUUCGUAUCUCAUGGCGUCCCUGGUAAGAUUCUUGAUGUCAAAGUAGUACUUUCUGAACACAAAAUCGAUGUUCAAGAAGAAACCCAGACUUUUCAAGACAAAAUCGACAAGGAGCCGAACUGGUGGCUAGGGACCGCAGACGACGGAAAAGCUUACGAUAAUCGGUGGUGGUCCAAGGGAUUAUCACAAUUUAAGAAGAUUAAAGAGUGGUCGGUGCUUGUCGCCGUUCCGAAAUUGAAGACGUUUAUCCGUCGGUUUAACAAGCAACGACGUCCGCACGCCAAAUUCCAGUACGAUCGGGCUAGUUAUUUGCUCAAUUUUGAUGAAGGUCUGGAGCAUCUGGAAGAUGAUGAUUGGUUGAAUCAUAAUUUCUCAACGAGGUACUCUGUAGUUUCUGUAGUUUCCGGACCCUCAUUCCUUUCCGUACAAAACUCUUGGACCAAGGUAACGUGA